CUCCCCUUUCUAUCCUCCACCUCGGCUUAUCUCCUCCCCCCUCCCCACCACCACCACCACCACCAUGGCCACAGCCGCUUCCCUCUCCGCCACCGCCUCCUCCCUCCUCGCCCCCGCCCCCGCCACCACCGGCGCCGCGGCGGCGCAGUGCUGCUCCUCCUCGUCCACCGCGCUGUUCCCCACCCCCGUCCCGUCGCUGCGCGCCUACUACCCGCGCCUGCUCCUCGCGUUCCGCCGCCCCGCCGUCGCCGCCGUCGCAGACCCGCAGGGCGCCGUGCUCGAGGAGGAGCAGGGGGAGCAGCAGGACGAGGGGCAGGAGCAGUACGACGACGACGACUACGACGACGGGUACGAGGGCGGACGCGGCCCCGCGUUCACGCCCCCCACCCGCCCGCGCACCGGCAAGGCCGCCCUUCCGCUCAAGCGCGACCGCACGAGGUCGAAGCGAUUCCUGGAGAUACAGAAGCUGAGGGAGAGCAAGAAGGAGCACGACGUGCCCACGGCCAUCUCGCUGGUGAAGCAGAUGGCCAGCGCCCGAUUCGUCGAGUCCGCUGAGGCGCACUUCCGCAUGAACCUCGACCCCAAGUACAACGACCAGCAGCUCCGCGCCACGGUUAAUUUGCCCAAGGGGACGGGCCAGUCGGUGAAGAUUGCGGUCCUCACACAAGGUGAGAAGAUAGAUCAAGCAAGAGCUGCAGGAGCUGAUAUUGUCGGUGGAGAUGACCUGAUUGACCAAAUAAAAGGAGGAUUUAUGGAAUUUGACAAGCUGAUUGCAUCACCUGAUAUGAUGCCUAAGGUCGCCGGAUUGGGAAAGAUUCUAGGACCGAGAGGACUUAUGCCUAACCCCAAAGCUGGGACUGUUUCUCCAAACAUAACUCAGGCUAUCGAAGAGUUCAAGAAAGGUAAAGUUGAAUACAGAGUUGACAAGACAGGGAUUGUUCACAUUCCCUUUGGGAAGGUUGAUUUUCCUGAAGAAGACCUUAUUGCAAACUUCAUGGCUGUUGUUCGCUCUGUCGAAAGGAACAAACCAUCUGGUGCAAAGGGGAUAUACUGGAAAACGGCAUACUUAUGCUCAUCAAUGGGGCCUUCAAUCAAGUUAAACAUCAAAGAAAUGCUUGACUAUGGCUCAGAAUCAUCAGACUAAAUGCCACGAAAAGCACCAGUUAAGAAAUCUGGUGUUUGCUACCACCUUCACAAAAUUAACCAUCCACCCUUAGCGAUAAAUGAACCGGGAAACAUGGUGGGGGAAGGCAAGGGAGGUGCUUAGGUACAGUUUUUUUUUCAGUCUCACCUGCAUCCAUCCAGCAGUUACACGAUGCCCAAGUCGACGAAGGGGUGAUAUUGUUGGCCAUUUGUACUUACGAGCAAAUUAUUUACGGACUUAUAGAUGUGUUUUCUGAGAUGUUUGUUGUAAUGAUCAAUAUUUUGUCCAUAGUCAUCCUUGAGCUUACGACAGCAGUUUAUUCUCACCAGUA